GUGAAUUGACGAAUCCUUUUCCCACCAAUUCCACCUGCCAUCUUCUGUGGGUCAAUUCAUCUGAGAAGCAAAAGAGAGCUUCGUCACAGUAACAGUUGCAUGGGUCUCAGCUUCUCCUCUGCCUCAGCACCUCACUCCUCUACCCCCAACCUCUCUCAAUGUUCAGGUUCAUCAAGCACUGAAGACCGAAUUCUGAAAUGGCCGAACAUGAAGGUGUUCAGUUACGAGGAGCUCAAAUCUGCAACAAACAAUUUUAGCCCUGACACAGUGAUCGGUGAGGGUGGUUUUGGCCAAGUUUUCAAGGGAUGGUUAAAUGAGAAGACCCUCUCCCCUGCCAGACCCAACUCUGGUUUUGGAAUGGCCGUUGCCAUCAAAAAGUUGAACCCCGAAAGCACGCAAGGCUUUCAAGAGUGGCAGUCAGCAGUAAACUUUUUAGGAAAUCUUACUCACCCCAACCUGAUCAAGCUAUUGGGUUACUGUUGGGAUGACGAUGAGCUUCUUCUUGUGUACGAGUUCAUGCCUAAGGGAAGCUUAAACAAUCAUCUAUUCAGAAGAAAUCGUAACUUACGAACACUUGAUUGGAACACCAGGAUUAUGAUAGCUAUUGGUGCAGCUCGGGCACUAGCUUUCUUGCAUGCCUCCGAAAAACAAGUCAUAUUUAGAGAUUUCAAGUCCUCACAUAUACUCCUUGAUAAGAACUACAUUGCAAAAAUCUCAGAUUUUGGGUUGGCUAAGUUGGGGCCUGCUGGGGGACAAUCACAUGUUAGUACCAGGUUCAUGGGCACGCUUGGUUAUGCUGCUCCCGAAUAUAUGGCGACAGGGCACUUGUAUGUGAAGAGUGAUGUGUAUGGAUUUGGUGUAGUGCUGCUAGAAAUGCUGACAGGCAUGCUGGCACUUGACACAGAUCGGCCAACAGGCAAGCACAACCUAGUUAAAUGGAGAGAGGCUUUUCUUUUCUCCAAAAGAAAUUUGAAAACCAUUAUGGAUGCUAACAUGGAAGGUCAAUAUUCACCCAAGGCAGCAUGGCGAGCAGCACGACUUACUCUAAAAUGCCUAGAACCUCACCCUUACAACCGUCCUUCUAUGAAAGAUGUUGUUAAGGAAUUGGAAGCCAUUGAAGCUAUCCAUGAAAAAUGGGUGUUUAGUUAUGCGGAGCUGAAAUCUGCAACAACGAAUUUUAGUCAUGUGGUUGGUGAAGGUGGUUUUGGCAUAGUUUACAGGGGAUGGCUGGAUGACAAGACCUUAUUCCCUGUCAGGGAACGUUUUCGAAAGGUUGUUGCAAUAAAAGACCUUCGCCGAACACUGGGCAGCAUGCAAGGGAAUUUAGAGUGGCAGUCAGAACUAUUCUUUUUAGGAAUGCUUUCUCACCCCAACCUGGUCAACCUAUUGGGUUACUGCAGGGAUGGUAAGUUUCUUGUGUACGAGUUCAUGCCUAAGGGAAGCUUACACUAUCAGCUAUUCAGAAGAAAUUCUAACUUGGAACCACUUUCAUGGAACACCAGGCUUAAAAUAGCUAUUGGUGCAGCUCGGGCUCUAGCUUUCUUGCACGCCUCUGAAAAACAAGCCAUGUACAGAGAUUUCAAGGCUUCACAUAUACUACUCGAUGGGAAUUACAAUGCAAAAAUCUCAGAUUUUGGCUUGGUUAAAUUGGGGACUUUUGAAGGACAAUCACACGUAAGUACCAGAAUCUUGGGCACGUAUGGUUACGUUGCUCCAGAAUAUAUGGCAACAGGGCACUUGUCUGUGAAAAGUGAUGUUUAUGGGUUUGGUGUAGUGCUGCUUGAAAUGCUGACAGGCAUGAGGGCAAUUGACACAAAUCGUCCAACAGGGCAGCAAAAUCUAGUUGAAUGGACCAAGCCUCUUCUUUCUUCCAAGAAAAAGUUGAAAACAAUUAUGGAUGCUAAAAGAGAGGGUCAAUAUUCACCCAAGGCAGCAAUGCAAGCAGCACAACUUACUCUAAAAUGCCUACAACCUCGUCCUAUCCAACGUCCUUCUAUGCAAAAUGUACUCGAGGAAUUGGUAGCCAUUGAAGCCAUCCAUCCAUAAAAACUCCAAGUACUCUGAAACCAACAAUUCUCACCAUCCUCCUCAGCACUGUGUUGUAAGAGUAAUCUGGUCUAAAGAAUAAAUUGUUUGAUCGGUCGCUUAAAAUGUGAUUUUGUUCCCCUUUUUACUAGUGCUGGUUGGAGGGGAGAAAAUUUCACAAG